CUUUCUGAACAAUAUUUGUCAGUUUCCAUGGCUCAAAAGAAAGUUGUAUCCUCUUUGCUCCUCCUCUCCCGCCGCUUCUCCGCUGCAACUCCCACCAAAAUUCCAACCACCCCUUUCUCUCUCUUUCGUCUCCGCCCCCUCACCGCCGCCGCCGCCGCCGCCGUUUCUCUCCACCAUUCUUCUUUACCCUUUACCGCUUUCCGAAGCUUCUCGGCUCGUCAGUCGCAGAACUCUCUUAGCGACGAUAAACCUAAUUGGACGAAUCGCCCUCCUAAGGAAACAAUCUUGCUUGAUGGCUGUGAUUUUGAGCACUGGCUUGUUGUUACUGAGCCUCCUCCCGAAAAUUCUACCCGCGAUGACAUAAUUGACUCUUUCGUCAAAACCCUAGCUCAAGUUAUCGGAAGUGAAGAAGAAGCAAGGAUGAAGAUAUACUCUGUCUCUACCAGACAUUAUUUUGCCUUUGGUGCCUUGGUGUCUGAGGAAUUAACAUACAAGCUUAAAGAGUUGCCAAAUGUUCGUUGGGUCCUUCCUGACUCAUACUUGGAUGUUAAAAACAAAGACUACGGGGGUGAGCCCUUUAUUGAUGGUCAUGCUGUUCCAUAUGAUCCGAAAUACCAUGAGGAAUGGGUAAGGAACAAUGCAAAGGCACAGGAUCGUAACAGGCGUAAUGACAGACCACGGAAUGCUGAUCAUUCUAGGAACUUCGAUAGAAGACAAGGAGAAAGGAAUGGUCCAGAAGCUAAUACGGGAGGUCCCAGAGGCAACAUGGUUGGUCCACCCAACACUGGAGGUGCACCACCCAGCUACCCUGGUGGCGCGCCACCUAACAAUGCGGGAUAUCAGCAGAACAUGCCACCCACCAAUGCGGGAUAUCCACAGAACAUGCCACCACCCAACAAUGCUGGAUAUCAGCAGAACAUGCCACCACCCAACAAUGCCGGAUAUCAGCAGAACAUGCCACCAAACAAUGCUGGUUAUGGACAGAACAUGCCACCAAACAAUGCUGGUUAUAGACAGAACAUGCCACAAGGCAAUCCAGGAUAUUCACAUAACAGAGGGGGUGCGCCACCACCUAGCUAUGGGGGUCAAGGAAAUCCUGGCUAUGGAGGCAACACCAAUCAAACAGGUGGAGGGAUGCCUUAUCAGAACGUGCAAACGGGUAAUCAGAACCAGAACUAUCCGCCACAGAACAGAAACUAUCAGCAAGAUGUGCCUGGAAGAGAUGGGCCAAACUAUCAGUGAUGCUUUUGUAGAUAACUUACUCAUGUUUAAAUGCCUAGAACAGAACCUUAUGGUAGGUACACUUUAAGUAGUUUUAGUUUGUUUGGAAGGGACUAAGUCAAGUAUACAAAUGUUUCUAGGGUUUGGGAUGGCAGUAUUUUGCACAACAUUUGUGCUGUACCUCUGUUCACUUUCAGACAAAAGGUUAUUUUGACGCAAUUUCUGUUUAGCGGGAAUUAUCAUUCUUCAA